GACACGCGAAAUUUUGCUACGGUUGUAAUAAAUUAAAAGUAAAGAAAACAAAUAGUGGAAGAGAUAUUAUUAAAAAUUGGAAAUUUAGCGCCAUUUCCAGAGUGCCGUAGAUAAAAUAUAUAUAAAUAUGUAGAGCAAAUAGUGUGGAAAAGAGAGAUAGGAUAGGAAUUAAUUGUUAGUGCUAUCUCUUAAAUAUAAAUGAAUAAAAAAAUUUCUUCAAAGACAGAAUAAAAUAAAAUAAGAAUUGGAAAUUAAUAUUAUUUUUUAAUUGUUUUUCAAAACAUAUUUUUGAUAUUCAAGAAAUAUCAAUGAAAAUAAUUAUUUUUUAUGUUAUCUUUAUCUUUCUCUCAUUAUUUGUUUUCUUUAUAUACAUAUGUUUUAUUUGUAAUAUUUUGAAGUUGUCGUUGAUUUUUUAAUUUUUAACCUAUCUUUAUUCUUUUUAUUACUAAUUAUUUUUCUUAUUUUUGGUGCGGGAUGACAGAUGAUAUUAAUUGAAUAUUCAUGUUCAUCAUUUCUUUUUUAAAACUAAUAUGUUUUAAUCUUUAAUAUAACAAAUAUAUUUUUAAUUUUAUAAUAUAUUUAGAUAAUUAUAAAUUUUUUCAUAAUUAUAUAAGUUUAUAUAAAUAUAAUUAUAUAUAAAAUGCAAUAUUUUAUAUACUCUUACAAAAUAUUUAUUUUAUUUCUUAUUUGUAAUUUAUAUUGAAAUUUAAUUUCAAUUUCAGCUAUUAUCAAUAUUGCUAUUUUAUUUUAAACUGCUCGAUAAUAUUGAAAAUGAUAUUAAAAUGAUAAUGAAUUUUAGAGAUUUCAUUUUCUCAAGACACAAGACAAGAGACAAAAAAUAUAGUGAAAGUUAGGUCUAUUUUACAUCUUAUCUGUGAUACUAUUUUUCCUAUAUAAAACAGUAUAUAAUUAACAAUAUUUCAAUGAUAAUGUAUUAUUCGAUUUAUUAAUUAUUAAAAAACGUAUAAUAAUUGAUAUGUGAUGUAUAAAGUAAAAUUAUGUUACAUUACAAAUUAUAAUUAUUUAUUUAUUUGUUUAGAAUAUCUAAAAAUAUUAAAUCGAAUUCUGAUAAAUAAUCAUAAUCAUAAUCAUAGAUUUUCCUCUGAUAAAAAAAAGAAAAAAUUUGAAAAUUUUAUUUAACUUAAUAAUAUUAAUAAUACCAGUACAUUGGAAAGAUUCAUCAUCAAAUAUUUUUAAGUAUUAAAGAGAAGAGAAUUAUAUAUAUAUAUAUAUAUAAAGUAUAUAAAGUUGUAAUAAAGUAUAUAAAGUAUAUUAGUAUAUAAAAGUAUUUAAAAUAUAUAAAAAUGUAAUAAAUCAAUUCAUAUAUUGGAUUAAAUUUAAAACAAUGUGAAAAAGAAAUUAAUUAUAUUUAUCAUAAAAAAUAAUUUAAUUUUUUUAAAUUAAUAUUUUUUCAAAAUGAUAAAAUCCAUAACAUUAGAAUUAAGACCCAGACUUCAAGUAUGUAAUGCUUUUAUUCAUUUAAGUAAAAAAGUAAAUUUAACAGAAAUUAAAAUAAAACUUUCAAAAGAAAGUAUAGAAAUAACAAUAGAAAAUAAUACAGUAACUUUUUUAACAAAAUUUGUAAAAUUAAUACCAGAUUCAUUAUCAACUUUAAACAUAACAAAGAAUUGGAUUUGUUUUCGAGCUCAAAUUGUACCUGAUCCUAUUCUUGGAUCUUCUAAAACACAAGUAAUUACUAAUUCAACAAUAAAUAACAAUUCUUUGAAAAAUUCUGUAAAAAAUAUUGAAUUAAUUAAUGCAAACAAGUGUAAUAUAAUGUGUAGUUGCUGCAAAAAUAUUCUUUCUAAAGAUAUACAUAUUAAAAGAAUUUUGCCUGUACCAAAUAUGAAUUAUGAUCCAGAUGAAUGGUUUUGUUGUAAACAUAAUCAUAAAAAUAUCAUACAUAAUUUAAUUCCAUUACAAUCUGAUAUCUUUUAUGGAUCAUUAUUUUUUAUCAUUCAUACAAGUUUGUUUAAUCAUCAUUUAAAAAUAAAAGAAAAUGCUGUGAUUUGUAAUAGAUGUUUACAAUAUAUAGGAAAAAUUCAUACCGAUACUUCAUUUAAAUUAUGGAGUUGUGCUGUGGAUUAUAAUUUAUUAAAUAAUUCAGAAAUAAAAAAUGCAACAGAUCCUUUUAAUGAUUUUUUGCUUGCUAUUAAAACUUCAAUGACUGGUAUUUUUGGUGAAGAAAUAAUUUUGCAAUGUUUUAUGGGAAAAGAAACUCAUUCUCUUAUUUUAAAACCAAUGGAUUGGCACUUAAAUUUAAUGAUUGAACCUAAGGAAAUUUUAUAUAAUAAUGUUAUAAGUUUGCAAAAAAUAUCAGUUGUAAAAGUAUUAUAUAAAUAUGAAACAAAGAAAAAUAUUUCUAAUUCUAUAAAUAAAUCAUAUUGUGAAGUAAGUUUUUUAGUAAUAAAAGCAGGUUUGAAACAUUUAUUAACAUCAACAAAACGAUUUCCACAACUUCAUAGAGUUGCUAUUGAUUGCUAUAUUGGACAUAUAUAUUUAGAAAAUUCUAUAAACAAUAAUUAAUCAUAUUUUUUAUAUUUUUAGAGUAUUGAAAAUUCUAAUAUUUGUAUAAUCUUUGUAUAUUUUUAAUUCAUUUUUAUGUAAAAAAUUUUAUACUGAAUAUGCAUGUAUUAUUUUGAUGCAUGAAUAAAGCUUUAUUUUAUCAAAAAUUA